AUGUCCGAAAAAUCAAACGAGGAGGUAGCAGAAUUCUUCAAUAAUGUCAAGGACGGAAUGGGCAACCAUGCUCUCCAUAUCUGUGCGAUGUACGGCAGCUACGAUGUAAUGGACGCUCUCUUCGAUAUCCAGUACUUCGAAUGCGACCCCCUUACCCGCAUCGACCAAGAUACUCCUCUUCAUGUAGCAGUCCGCUUCGCCAACGAGAAAGAUCCCAACCUCGGCUUAGAGAUGAUUGAAAUGAUGUGCGAGGCUGGCUGCGACCCCCGAGUGCGAAACAAACACGGUCAGAAACCGGCAGACCUUGUCUAUGGCGAUCAUAAGGAUAUCAAAUCAGCUCUUCAGAAGGCUGAGUAUAUCUUGAGUGAGAACAUACAGGUUAAUGAGGAGGAGGCAGAGGGUGAUGCCGGCAGUGCUAGUGAUAGCGACUAG